AUGGACCCGGAAAAAGUCGUCUUUUUAUUUUCUUUAUUUAUCCUUCCCGUUCUCUACACAAUGAACAAUGUCCCCGCAUUUCAGGAGCCGUACGCCAUCCUGCAGAUUGGAGUGGCUGUUCUGGUGAUGGUGUUCCUCUUCUUCAAACUCACCAAUCGCAUCAACCGACCAAAGGACCCGAUGUAUUUUGUGUGUGCUGAGUUCUCCUUCUGUUGCAUCAUAGACCUGGUCAGUGCUAUGGAGCACGACGGCUACAUCUCAGGACUCAUGGACUUCUACCAGAAGACGGGGGAGCCCUACCUUGGCACCCCCUACGCCAUCAUGAUGUGCUACUGGGACGGCGUUGCCCACUUCAUCAUGUACCUGCUCAUGGUGCGACGCAUGCACAGGAAACGACCGUACCGUAACCUGGGCCUCUUCUGGGCCGGGUCCCUGCUGGGGAACAUGGUGGUGUUCGUAGCUGGCAUUGUCAUUGGGAAGUAUGGUAUGGAGCUGCGGCCUGCGUUCUGGCUGAACAUGCCCUUCCUGCUGAUGCCCAUGUGGGGCGCUGUUUCCUUCUUCAGGAGGCCCAGGGACCCCAGCCUCAUCACUGUAUCUAAGAUAGAGAGAAGGCACAAGCAGUCCCUGAUGUGGCGUCCGUUUGACGUGGUGCUGAUGCUGGGCCUGUGUGCAGCCAUGGCCUUCAGUCUCUUCAGGGGGCUGGUUGUUCUUGGAUGCCCAUUGGAGAUUUUUACGUCCUACUUAACCAAGUAUGAGCCAUAUCUGAGCGACCCCGUUGCAUACCCCAAAGUUAUGAUGAUGUGCUACCUCUUCUAUGCUCUCCCUCUGCUGGGCUCCUUCGUGUACGGCCUCUACAGACCAGGAUGCACCUGGAUGCUGGACUGGACAGUGUUUGUCGCUGGAGCAAUGACCCAGUGCCAGUGGGCUCAUAUCGGCGCCUCCCUCCACCCUCGCACCUUGCCCAGGUACCACAUUCCGGAAGCCUCUAAGACGCUGGUGCUGGUGGCCAAUGUGCUGUAUGCUCUAGUGCCCCUCCUGGUGGCGAGACGCGUCAGCAACGACCCCGCCUACUUCAUGACCCAGGCCUCGCUGGGCAAGGCCGGCUACGAGAGAAAGAUGAAUUAAUUAAAGGUCAAAGAAAGAUUCACAUAAUGUAUAUGGAAUGGUUUGCAUAUAGUAUAGGUGUGUUUGUGUUGUUUCUCCAUUUUUUGUUUUGUGUGCUUUUCUAUGAUGCACCAUAUAGAGUAUACCAGUGGUUCCC